CAUUCCAGUUGUCAGCGGCGAAUGCAGGUAGGCCAAAAUGAAGUUUCCACCAGAGAUGUCAAACGUCGUGUUUCUCCUGUUUCGGACAGUAGAUUGUGAAGGAUAGAGAGUGAAGAACGGCGCCGUCAAAUUCCGUCAAUCUGCUGGCACAAUACUUGCCAAAGGCGUGCUUCUUCAGCUGUGUUUCCAUAUGAAAGGGUCGCUUUUCAUGUUGCCGACCUUUCCUGAUUCCUGCUUGGCAUCUACUUAGUGACGAACCUUCGAAGAGGGUGGAGGACCAUGCUUUGACGAGCAGCUACAGAAGUAACAGUGGCAGCUUGCUGUUUUGGUGUGCCCUUUACGGUUGAUUUGUCUGAAGACUUUUUUAUCAGCAUUCCAUAUAGUGUUUCUAGCUACGACGACGAAGACCAUUAAAUUUAUUUCAUGUUUUCACGUGGAUGCAUCUGUUCGUGCCGCGAUCCACCCCGAUUCGUAUUACAGAAUGAAGUGUCAACAAACAAAUGCGUGUGUGUUUGAGAAGUCGUCUUGGGCUUGCUGCGCGAGUUUUAGGAGUUGAUGACUAUAACAAUGCCAACUGCGGAUCUCUGGGCGAUCGAAACGCUCGCCAUUCGACAGGUGAUAAGUAGUUUGGUAUUCCGGACGUCGUAUCGUCACUAGAGCGCCCGCGGGUGAUUUAAACGAAAAUCCAAUGAUCUGCAGCCCAGAAAUAUGUCUUCAAGAUCGAAUCAGCUCACUUACGUGUCUGUUUGGCUUCCUCCUCAAAAGACUGGAUCGGCUGUGUCCUUAACUUCAUGGAAUUUUUUUCUCUAUUCAAAUGCGUUUGUCUCGAGACAUUGUUAGAUACAGUAUAUAGGUACCAGUAAGAACGUUUCCUUUGAAGUGCGCCCCCCUGGUCUUCUUGCCUUAUUAUUUUACAGGAUUCUCGAAGCAUCAUUUCAUCACUGAGUUCCACCACUCUUCGAGACUCUAUUCCCCUUUAUCUCUUGUUAACUGCCGUCUUGUAGCGCUACUGUGUUAUGGGGCUGCUUACGUGUCACGACUUGGUGAGCAGCACUCUUCAACAUGCUGCUGGCACCCAGGCGACGACUCUCAUUGGCACUUGCUGUUGCUGUUGCUGCUGUAGAAAUGUCCGCACAUCAACACCGUUCAAAUUUCAGCAGAUUUUCUGUGCAGCUCUGGAUUUGCUUCAGCGAGAGGCCACGACCGCCCUCAGUUGUGACCCCGACGGAAGCAUAUUAGCAGAGUAUGCUGCGAGCAGGAGUGUAAGCAGUUAUGCCGUAUCACAUCCUUAUCUUGUGGAACUGCCUCAUUCAAUGGGAGGAGGCAAUGCAGAAGAAAGGAAUUCAUUGUAUGGGCAUAAUGGAAUGCAUGGAUCAGCCUUGCCACUGUCUGAGAGUCAACAAUUACAUCUCGACAAGAAACUUCUACUAUCUCAAGACAGGGCUUCGCAGCUCUCCCAGGAGCUUCUUCGGCAAACGAAUGUGGAGCAUGCUAGCAAGGCAAACGAAAUGCCUAUCACUUCUGCGAAUCAAGAUAACUCUUCGGGUCGUGUAUUAUACGGGAAGCAAACGGGGGGACGCGGAGGCAAACGCCUCCAGUCGUGGCACGAUGUUUUGUUUCUGAUUAACUGGGAUUUAAAUGAUGUUGCUGUGUGUAAUCUGCUUCACCUCUUCUCGCGAAGUAACCCAGUCAAACAGGUACUCCGGCGGUGUUUCUCAGUCUCUGUUGAUCGAUUCCUCUUUGCUCUCCUUCGUCGCGUUCUCACCGUCCCUACUCCUGCCUCCUUCCAUGGUAAACAGGCAGGGGAGCAGAAUGGUUUUUCGGGGAGCGUACAAGUGAGAAAUCCCAGCUUCCGGCCGCCUGUCACGCUUCCACAUACCAGCGAAAAAGAGGCUUUCCAACUGGAUCUCGUUCGUUGCUGUCUCUCUUCGUUUUGCCACCUCCUCUUUCGGACUUGGGCAUCGCUGGCGAUGACACUGGAAGAUCCAGCACCACUUCUCUCCAAGAGUCGAAACUCGACGCGUUCACAUCAAGAGGACUCUUUGGGGAAUGAGGGUUCCUCGAGGUUUUGUUGCGCAUGUUGUGUGUGUAGCCGUGCCGCUUUGACGCAGCGUCUGUUUUGCUCCAUACAUAGUCACGGCGGGCGGGCGCUUUGGAAUGUGAUUUCAAAAUCUCCGGGACUCGGUGGUCACUGUUUCUUUCCUCGCAGUAUCAAAGCAAGUGAAGAAGUGUCUGGCGUGUUUCUGGGAAUGAAAUCACUUCUUCUGCCGGGCCUCCUUAUGGUCUGGAGGGAUCCACGUUUCCCGUAUGUCUUCCCUACUGAAUUCCUUCAAUCCUUUGACUCUCUUAUCCACUACACACACCGAGAGGAACUUCAUAUUCUUCGCCGACAGCAGCGCCAGGCAACUGCUCGUUUCCUAAACUCGCAGACAUGGUCUUCUUCAGGAAACACAGCUGCUGGCGCAAACGGAGGAACGGAGAUGAUAGGCUGUUCGACUACGCUCAAAUUGGGUGUUAUGUCACUCUUCCUCCAAGCAGAAGACGCACUCAAACGAGGAGACAUCGACAACAUGGAGAAAGCACUCGGCGGAGAACAGCAUGAGUGUGCUGAUGGAAAGGCUGCAGGCGUUGCGAGUGCUACGAAUGACACGCGGUAUCUUGACCUGGCAAAGAGUAUUACGUCUUCUGUUGCUGAGGCAUUGAGGCCGUUUCACGCAGCAAUGCUUUUAAGGCGGUUUGGCCCAUCGCGUCUCCCCAGAAGACUUUAUUCUGAACCUGCGAAAGUAAUUUCUGAGGAACUCGGUGCCAUCCUGCACGAAGAAUAUGAGGUGUCUGGACACCUGAAUGAAGCACGCGACGCCGCUACCGAUUUUGUCGCCAACGUGUGCCGGUGGCUGUGGGGCAGUCGGAUGGAAACGAAUGAGACUCGACGAGAGCAAGACAGGCCACAUGAGAGAUUCAAAGCACAAGAAGGCUCAAAUAGGAAAGACACACUGCCGUGUCCUGAAGAUGACGAAAGCGGGGUGUGGGUUUGGCAGUUUGGAUCAUGCGUCAAUGGGUUCAGCACACGUGUCAGCGAUGUUGACAUAUGCGUCCUUCUCGCUGGAAACGCAGCUCAGCUACGGAGGGGAUCCAGUGGGUUUGCUGAGAGUGGAACUCGUACGCCUGACGAAGUAAAUGCACAGAAACAUCUUCACGAAAUCAUGCUUUCAUGGCACGGCCAUGACACAGAAUACGGACAGGCAGAAAAAGCUGUUCGUCUGCUUGGCGAGGUGCUCGAACGAAUUAAAAUCGCCCAGAACUUCGAUGAGGACUUUGAAUCACAGGACGAGCAAGGGAAAGCGGGAAGUGUCGGGCAAACGCCUGCCUCCGAAGAGCCGUCUGACGAUAAAGAUGCGUGGCAGCCCCGUCUCAAAAUGGAUGGCAUCGAAAUAGUUCCUCACGCACGCGUGCCAAUCUGUAGAAUUGAUUUUCUGUACGGUACUUUUGCUCGAACACCGUCGUCUACUGGACAGGAUUCUUGGUCCUGGCAGCAUGUGAAAACAGAGGUCUCGUUCAGUAAUCGUCUCGCGAUUUUGAACUCUCGCUAUAUUUGCCGUCUCGCAGCCCAGACGCCUCUGAGCUUCACCCUCGCUGCGGCUGUGAAAGUCUGGGCUCAACGCCGAGGACUCGCAAACGCGUACCGAGGAUACUUCUCCUCUUACACUUGGCUGUUGAUGGCUUUCCACUUCUUGGCCUGCCGAGAGCAGCCGCUCAUUCACAACCUCCUGUCCCCUCUCCCUCGAAUGCUGAAACGGGUAAUUGCGGCCGGUGUGAAAAUGCAUUUUCAGAUGCGCUAG